UGUAGAUCUUGUAUUGCAUUUUUUUUUUUACUUGGAUAUAAUGGAAUCGUCUUUACGUGAUCAAGUCCGUGAAUAUAUAACAGAAUUUUCAGAUAAUGUGAGGAAAUAUUUUUUAUCUUUAUCAGCAAUAGCCGAAAAUGCCACUAUAGAUAAAUCGAAUAGUCCAAAACAGAUCGUGGAACAGAUGGCAAUUAUUGACAAGAAAUUACAAGAGGCUGUUAAGCAUAUCGAAAGUCAUCAAAUUCGUCAACAACAAAUAAUUAAAGUGCAAGAAGAAAUUCAACAACAUAACAUUGCUUUAUUAGAAAUUAUUCAAAAACUUGGAUCUGUACGCGAUGAGCUGGAUCUCUCUUUAGAAAAAGCCAAAACCGAAUUAAAAGCAAUGAAAUAUGCAACAGACUCCAAUGUGCAAUUUACAGACGUAUUAGCUUAUGCUUCUAAAUUAUCAAAAUAUACCUCGGCACCACCUAAUUUUGAUAAUACUAAUAUUAAAGUCGAUUUUGAAAAACCAUACCCUGAUGAAGAGAGGAUGCGUCGUGGAUUACUCUAUUGGCAAAACGCAUCUCAACAACGAACAGAAGAAAAAUUUGAAAGCUCAGACAGUGAGGCUUCAUCUAAUGAAGAAAUGGAAGAAAUUCAUAUUAAUAAACAGGCUGAAGAUGCAGACGGAGACCCAUUCUGGAUUCUAGACUUGAAUCCUGAUAUGCAACCAUGAAUGAGGAAAUAUGAGAUUUUUAAUAACAAUAAAAACUAGUUCUCUUAUAAACAUUAUU